AAUGUUCGGAAGGCGUUUCAGCUGUGGAAUAUACUGUUGCAUUUUCGCCGUACUCGGAGGGAACUUUGCGGCAUUAACGCAAUGGUUGGUACCGGUACUGACCCGAGCAAAGAUCGACAGAUCUAACUACGUUAACACCAGUGUCGCUAUCCAUCAUCAUGGUUCGUAUCAAAACUUUAGCAUGGACCUGGAGUUCCACGUACUUUCUCCGCUUGAUAAGCUCCGAAUGAAUGUUGGAUACUUUGUGCGCAUUAUGAACACCGAAAAAUGGAUUUACAACAAAACGUACGACUUUUGCGGGUUUCUGCAGCGACCAAGCGUCGAUCGGUUCGGUGCAUUAGUGAUAGAUGACUUGCGGCAGCAUGGCAAAGUGCCCACCGGCUGUCCCCUCCAAGCGGAGCGCUACGUUUUCAAAAACGUGACGCUAAAUCGCGUCAAGCUGCCACCGUUUCUGCCGGAGACGAACUUCGGUUUCACUGUGAACUGCUACAUAGGACCGAAGAAUGAGAAAGUUUUUCGCUCCAACUGGUACGGAGGAUUAAAACGAGUAAUGCUGUAG